AUGCUUAAAAGCAGAUUAUUGCGGUUGGGGCAGCGCUUCCCCACUAACCGAAGGGCUAUCGCUUCAGCGUUGCCCUGCUUCAAAACUUGCUGUAAUGUCAAGCCCCAGGUGUCUUACCGUCGCAGUUUUAGUACAACUACAGUGAAGCGGCAGUCGGUUGAAGUGCCCUUUGGGAAGUUAACAGAUGAAGAGCAAGCGGCGCUUUCGGAAGAGCGAGCUGUCGACAAAGUCGAUGUUUGCAUUGUAGGCGGUGGACCAGCAGGCCUAGCAACUGCUAUCAGGUUCAAACAGCUGGACAACUUGCAAGGUACGGGUGAGCUAAGAGUCGUAGUGUUAGAGAAGUCACCCGACAUGGGUUCUCAUAUGGUAUCUGGUGUUAUAAUGGAGCCCAGAGCACUCAGGGAGCUUUUUCCAGAAAGUGAAUUUUACGACGAAAGCGGGAAUGGAAUUCCACUGCCACCAAGUCUCGUAACGCCAGUGGCUUCCGGGCAACUGAAAUAUUUGAUUGGGGACUUUGAUCUUCCUGUUCCUGAACCUCCUCAGAUGAAAAAUGAGGGCAACUAUAUUGGGUCCCUCAGUCAGGUUGUGAGAUACUUGGCCGAAAAGGCCGAAGAGGUUGGGGUUGAAAUCUACCCAGGCAUUUCAGUGUCAGAAGUUGUAUAUAACGACGAGGGCACUGCAGUCGUGGGUGUUGCUACAAAAGACAUGGGAAUUUCCAAGGAAGGGAAGCCAAAGCCUUCUUUUGAAAGGGGAAUGGAGUUCCAUGCCAGACAGACCGUGUUCGCGGAGGGAUGUCAUGGCUCUUUGACAAAGCAAAUAAUCAAAAAGUUUGAUUUGAGGAAAGGAAGAGCUAAUCAGACCUACGGUCUAGGCAUUAAGGAGGUUUGGGAAAUUAGGCCAGAAAACUUUCAAAAGGGAUUUGCCUCUCAUACAAUGGGUUACCCGUUAUCUAACGAAGUUUACGGCGGAGGCUUCAUAUAUCAUUUUGGGGAAGGCCUUGCAGCAGUAGGUCUAGUUGUUGGCCUAGACUACAGAAAUCCAUACAUCUCACCCUAUCAAGAGUUUCAGAAAAUGAAGCAUCAUCCUUAUUACAAGAAGUUCUUGGAGGGCGGAAAAUGCAUUGAAUACGGUGCUCGCGCGCUAAAUGAAGGCGGUUUGCAAUCUGUUCCAAAAUUGAAUUUCCCAGGUGGUGUGCUCGUCGGUGCUUCCGCAGGCUUCAUGAACGUGCCAAAAAUUAAAGGAACGCACACUGCAAUGAAGUCGGGUAUGUUAGCUGCCGAAGCCAUGUUUGACUCCAUUUCAAAAAUCCCAAGUAUUGCCGAAUUGGAAGAAAGAGGAAUCGAAAAGGUCGUGGAAUCACCCAUUAAUCUGAACUCUUACGAAAAAGCAUUCAAGAAUUCUUGGGUUUACGACGAGCUCUAUGAAGUUCGUAAUAUUAGACCCUCAUUCAACCAUGCUCUAUUCGGCCGUCUUGGGGGAAUGGCCUACUCUGGAAUAGAUUCAUUACUGUUGAGAGGACAAGUUGCUUGGACCUUCAAUCACCAUGAGUCAGAUGCUUUCCUCACUGACCCUGCAGAGAAGUACGAACCAAUUGACUAUCCCAAGCCAGACAAUAAAAUUUCCUUUGACAUUCUUACGUCGGUCUCCCGCACAGGUACGUUUCAUAAUGAAGAUGAGCAAUGCCAUUUGAGGCUCCCUGAUCAAGACCUACAAAAGCAUGCCGAAAAGGCUUAUCCAAAAUGGAAGGGGAUUGAAUCAAGGUUUUGUCCUGCUGGAGUUUAUGAGUACGUGCCCGACGAAACAAGUCCCCUAGGUGUCAAGUUCCAAAUCAAUGGCCAAAAUUGUAUUCACUGUAAAACCUGUGAUAUUAAAGUUCCUACUCAAGAUAUCAAUUGGGUUGUCCCUGAGGGUGGCGAUGGACCCAAAUAUACUUUGACAUAG